AUGCCUCAAGCACAGCCUGAGUUGAAGAAGUAUAUGGAGAAGCGGGUAUUCUGCGAACUCAACGGCAACCGCAAAGUCAUUGGCGUUCUACGAGGCUACGAUGUUUUCAUGAACAUCGUCUUAGAUGAGGCAUUCGAAGAGAAGCCAGGCGGAGAGAAGGUAGCUAUCGGCAUGAUUGUCAUCCGCGGCAAUUCUGUCGUCAUGCUCGAGGCUCUGGAACGGAUAAGCGAGAAAUAGACCCAAAAUAAGACAACAGUGGAGGGGGGAGACGUUAGGACAUCGACGACUUGCAUUUUAUACCAUACCAUAUCCUGCGAUGUAUGUGGGUUGCUUCAUUAAGAGAAAAAGGAGUUCACGAUUUUGGACUGCUCGCAUGGAAUCCAUCGAACCAAGCAAGGGCAUUACGUCUGUUUCAUAUUUACUUUUAUUAUGUUCGUUUACGAGAGGGAUAUUAGCUAAGAUAAGUCUUUCGAUCUGU